AUGCCAUUCAAAGACGAUUCGAUCUUUGAGAGAUCGCUCAUCGGACUCCUUCUCAUCAAGACCGAACCUCUCAGGGACAAGAAGAGCAAUCAGGGAGCAUCAACAACAUCCUCUGGAAAAGCACGACCCAGUCUUUCGAGAUCUUCUUCCUACGACAGCGGUGACUAUGGUUGUAAUAACUGGGACAAUUCAGGCGAUGAAAGUCCGCCAAUCGUCAAAAAAGAAAGACAAUCUCAAUCGCGACUUUCACAAUCAAGAGUUUCACAAUCAAGAGAAAGACCGCACUCACAGGCAAGAGAAACACAACAUUCUCCAAUUAGAGAACCUGUAUAUGAUAAUAAUAGAGCUCCAGUAUAUCCAAAUGAACAGACUACUAAUGCUACUGCCGCUGCUACCAACUAUCACAAACAACCACCACCACCACCACCACCACCACAGGAACAUAGCAGAUACAAUGAUUAUGAUAAUCAUAAUCGUUGGGAUGAGAGAAGGACAGCAGAAUAUAAUCAAUGGCAACAAUAUCAAGCAUCACACUCACAACAACCAUCUCACUCGCAAUCUCGAGCAUCGUACGAUAGUAGUAGAGACAGCUGGAAGAGUGAUAGCGCCGUUGCAGAUAGCUGGCAGCCUGGACCUCAAGAGAGUUCGACAUGGCAUCAUGACAACCGUUCAGAGGAAUACAGGAAAUGGGAGGAGCGUAGACGUUGGGAGGAAUGGGAGGAGCAUAGGAAGCGAGAAGAAUAUCGUGAAUGGGAAGAGCGUAAGCGUUGGGAGCAAUGGGAAGAGCGAAAGAGAUGGGAAGAACAUAAUAAUUGGCAACAAAAACAACAACCAUCAACAUCAACAUCAUCAUUACCAGCAUCUCAACAAGCAAAGGAAAGUGAUGAUAAUAAUACUAUUACUUCGCCAGUGAAGAAACCUGUUGUUGCUGCUGCAACAGUUGAAGAUAAUAAUCGUCAGUCUUGGAAUGAUUAUUAUAACAAUCAGAGAAACAACAAUGGUUGGUCACAACAACAACAACAACAACAACAUCAACAAUCACAUUAUAACUCAUGGCAACAACAAUAUCACCACUCUGAUUAUAAUUAUAAUACAUGGCAACAAAAACAACCACCACAACACGACAAUAGACAACAACAACCACCAUAUGAUUCUUAUCAUAACAACAGGGAUGGAUAUCAACAUCAACAUCAUCAUCAUUACUACCAACAACCACCACCACCACCACCACAACAACAACAAACACAGCAACAUCAUUAUAGUCGAUAA